GAGUUUCUUUUGUCGUACGGAUUUACUGUCGGCGACAUGUCUUUAGUUCUAGGAUGUUCUGUUCGAACUGUCCAUCGUCGUUUGACGGAAAAUGGCUUGUCUGUGAGACAGAGUCUUACACAGAUAUCUGAUGAAGAUCUAGACAGCAUUGUGCUGGAGAUAAAUCGAGAGUAUCCUAGACAUGGAUACCGUAAUGUUGAAGGCCAUCUUCUUGAGCGAUCAAUUCGCGUCUCUAGACAAAGAGUCAGAAGUAGCUUGUGUCGGGUGGACCCAGAAGGCGUAGCACUUCGAUGGUCGUACACUGUUCAGCGUCGUAAAUACAGCGUAUACGGUCCAAAUGCCUUGUGGCACAUCGACGGUCAACAUGGUCUUAUUCGCUGGCGUUUGGUCAUACAUGGAGGUAUUGAUGGCUACAGUCGUGUUCCAGUAUACCUCAAUUGCAGCUCUAAUAACAGAGCAGAUACGGUUUUGUCCUACUUUCAGAAAGCUGUUUGUGACUAUGGGAUGCCCUCUCGAGCAAGAGCUGAUCGCGGCGUUGAAAACGUUAGGGUUGCGGAAUUCAUGCUGACUACACGAGGAACCGACAGACACAGCUUUAUAGCAGGAAGAUCUGUCCACAACCAACGGAUAGAGCGAUUGUGGAGAGAUGUUAGCGUCGCCGUAACAGGAACUUACAAAGCUGUGUUUCAAAGUCUGGAGGAGCAAGGCCUCCUAGACGCUGACAACUCAACAGAUUUGUGGUGUCUGCACUACGUUUUUAUGCCACGAAUUCAAAGCAGUCUCGAUGGGUUUCGCCAUGCGUGGUGCAGACACCGCCUAUCGACUGAACGUGGACGGUCGCCAUUGCAGGUUAGAUAUUGUUUAUUGUAAGAAUUACUAACAAAUUCAGGCGUACACAUUAUCUGCAAUUGUGGAUAGCCGGUAUGUCGAGGUUGCAGGGUACGGAAUACUCCGUAGCAGACUCGAUGACAAUUGAUCCAACCGAAUACGGUGUCGACUGGGAUGGCCCCGUGUCACUGCAUGACGACGACGAUAACGACGUAGAUGGAGUAUACAUGCCAAUGAGUGUCGAUCUUCCUAUUAGUCGACAUGACCUAGACGAGCUAUAUACGACCAUCGAUCCCAAAGCUGGGAGUGAGAAUUUUGGUAUCGACUUGUACGUUGCCACCUCUGACUUUAUUGCAUCAAAACUCUUGUAGAAUUUUAGAUAACGUUGCGAGCUGAUAUUUAGUUUCUUAAUUGACAUCAAUUGCAAAACAUUAAGCAGUUUGAUUUUUGCUGUUUCUCGCAGGAUAUAAUGUUACAUAAAAUUAAGUGUAGUGGAAAACUUAGAAAAUUCUGUAAGCGCCGCAAGCUCUGUAUCUAGUGAACAUGCCUACUGUUCAGGGUGAGAUUACUAAAAUAGAAAUUUUUAUAGCAAU